CCCGCCAGCCGAGCAGUUCCACUGAGCGGGCGGGCGAGCGAGCGAGCGAGCGAGCGGGCGGGCGGGCGCGAAGGAGGAGGGCUCGCCCCCCGCCCGGCCGGAGCAGAGCCUUUUGUUCCCAGCCAGAAGUUUGCAUGCCGGGACCGUGACAGCUGCGGGCGGGAGGACGGCGGGGGCGCGGGGCCGGUAGCGACGGUGGAGAAUAGAGGCGGCUGCUUGACAUGCAGCCCACGGCGCGGCGGCUGCGGACUGAGAGGAGGCGGCGCCCACAGCACACGGGUCUCAGCUGCCGGAGGGACAAACUAACUUCCUGAGCGCAGGACCUGAGGCCGGCGCGACCGGGAGCCACCUGCCAGCCUGCGGUGAGGUGACCCUGGCCCUCUGGGCGCGCGGCAUGGUGCGGGGGAGCAGGCCGCGCUGAGCAAGCCCCGCCGACAAACCCUUGGCCGCUGCUGCAACCUGCCCGCCUUCUGGAAGGCCCGGCGCGAGCUUCACUUGGCUUUCUUUUGCGGCCACAGCGCAGGGCUGGCCUGGGAGCCACAACAAUGCCAUGAUGUUUUGGAGACAGGAAGUCCCAAGCUGGCCCCGAAUGAAGGACUUCCUGUGUUUAAAGUUGCAGGAAUAUCCGCCGACGAGCCCAGUUCAAAUGCAAACACCCGAACUAGGGAGGACGAAUGGCUAAUUCAAACCAGCUGGACUCUCCAGGGCUGGAACUGAGGAUAAAAUGAAAGGAAUUCUUAGGAGCUUGGGCCAUACGUGAAGACUAGAGACGCCGUGCCAUUGUUACCAAAGGACACAAUCGGUAUAAAUUCGCUGCCUCCAAUUCUGCUUCAGUGAGAAGUGAGUGGAACUAGAUAUUGAGUAAGACUUGUCAAUAUCAGAUAAUUCUUGCUGACUGAAUUAGAAAGAACAGCUCUUUUUAAAAAAAAGCCAUACAAGGAAUUAUUUUAUGUUUGUUGAUUAAAUCAUAUCAUUUAUCUGCUUGCAACUAUGAGGCCACUAGCCUAUGUGGGAAAAGCUGGUGGGCUUAAAGCUUCUCCCAGAAUGGUUUCAGAGUGGGACUUCCACACCUUUCUGGAGGGUAGAUGCAAUUGGUGGUUUGGAGUAUAAACACGUAAAAGGAUUUUUUAACUUACGCAGAAUGCAUUUUUGGAGAACUUGUGAAAAAACUUUUAAAAGAUUGAUGGUUCAUCUUGACUGAAAAAGUAUGGGUAAGCCACUCAGCAGGCCAGACUGUUUAAGGCAGAACCCCACCUGCCUGGGGAAAGGAGAGGAAGAGGAUGGCUAUAUAGAGGAUUGCUAUGUCCCUCAGAGGUCUAUAUAUGAUACAAUGAGGAUAAAUGAACAAAUUGACCAAGGGUCAAAGCUUAAUCAGACUUCAAAAAGCACCAUGGAAAAGAUGGAGGGAAGUACUCUAUCCAGCAAUGGUACGUUAGGAGCAGCAUCUAAUGUAUUUGAGUCUCGAGCACCAGAAAGCAAAAAACUGGAUGAGAGAAUAAUAUUUGAUGCACUGAAGCUAAGCAGCGAUGUGCAGAAAUCAGCACCUGUGCCACCCAGAAGGCGACCAAAUGCAGAACGCAAAGAUAAUGUUAACAGGAGGUCUUGGAAGUCCUUCAUGCCGCCCAACUUCCCAGAAUUUGCAGAAAGGAUGGAGGCUUCUCUCAGUGAGGUCUCAGAAGCUGGUGCUUCAGAUCCUUCCUUGCAAGAGAAGAGAGAAUCCAGUUCUGUAUUAACAGAAAGUUCUGGUCAUUUGGGCCACAGGGAACUUCAGUCAGAGUCAGUCACUCUGGAACAUGUGUCCAAAUCCGUAGGAAUUCCAGAAGUGCCAAAUGUGAAAAACUUAAGUGGAGACUGCCAGGACUUCAGGUUUCAGCUGCACAGUGAGAGCUCUCCCCAUGAAUUCCAGCCUCUGGAAUCAGAGGCUGCAGGAGCAAGUGGUAACACAGAUGUAAUGCAGGAACACAGAUUCUCAAGUGCAACCUGGCCCAGGACCAUGAAAAGUUUGGCUAAGGGAGGCUUCAGCGAGAAGCAGCACCCCCUUGGGGACACAGCCUGCACAAUGGAAAUGGCACCUCUCUCCCCUUGCCUGAGUGAAGAGCUGUUGGAUCCAGAAUUGCAUAUUCUCAUAACCCCCAGCCUAAGAGAGAAAACAGAGUCUGAGCUAAAGUUUGAGGAGGAUGAGCGAUGGAUCAUGAUGGAGGCUGAGGAAGAGUGGGAGGAAGAGAAACUGUCAGAGAGAGGAAAGACUUUUUUAAUGGCAGAUGAGAAAAAGAACAGCCUGGCAGAUAUUUUUGAAGAAAGAGAACAAACACACUCUGUAGCUGUGGUGGAGGAUGGAGCCGAUUGCUUAGCUGCUGUCUUGACUUUUGACCACUCUGGUUGGAUUCGUUGCUCUGAUGACCCACAGCCAGCUAAAGACCAUUUGGCUUCUGUUCCCAAGGAUUCACUCUUUGGUUGCAGUUGUGCCCUCUCAGGUGAGGGUGCUGUACAUGAGUUCGAAAACAGAACUGCUCAGGGGCUACAGGGUCUUGUUUCAGAUUUAGAAUGUAUUGUUGGUCCUGUCGAUGCAGAGCAGCUCUCUGAUACAGAUUCAGUGCAGAUGUUUCUUGAACUUGAAAAGGAGUGUUUAUGUGAAGAAGGAGUCAUGCCUCUAGUUGAGCUGGAGAGUCAAGCCUCUUCUGAAGGGCUGGCCCCAUUCCAGGAUGCAGAAAAUUCACAUGUAAUUAGUCAUUUUCCAGAGGCUACCUUAGAAAAGAAGCAACAUGUAGGCUUUUUAAACGUAAGGGUAAAGGACUAUGAUACUGGAUUGGAUUGUGAAUAUUUUAAUGCCCUGGAUUCUUCUCAGGUGCCUAACACUAUAGAAUUUAUUACCCACCCUGAUACCAUGAGGAACACUUCCACUGUUAGCAAGGAGGAGUGUGAAAAAGUGCCUUUUAGCCCCCAGACUGCACUGGAAUUUAAGUUCAGACACCCAGCUGAUCUGGAGUCACUAGGAGAGAUGGACCUAGAAAGAUUAUCAAACUUUGAUCACAGGGCUUCUCUUGAAGAAAAUUUAUCAAGCUCUAUUACUUCUGAGCUGGCCAAAGAAAAUGGCAAUUUGUCCCAGGUAGACUGCAGUCAAAUUGAGGGGAAUGUUGAGGAGUGUGUUGAGAGGGUCUCCGUCAGUUCUGCUUUUAACUAUGAACUAACAGUUGUUACCUCAGAGCCUGAAGUAGAGGUGUUACCAUAUGGUUCACAUUUACUAACAGAUGAAAUUCAUUUGGAAGGUGAGCAAGGAACUAUUAAUCAAGAAAAUAAUAGCCUGACUUCCUCAGGAGAUAUGGACCCUUGCAAAUUGUUGUCUAUGGAGAAAGUUUGUGAUGAAGAUGGUGAGGCAAAAGAACUGGAUUAUGAAGCCAAGCUUUUGAAGGAUCAAGCCCCAGCACAUUUUCACAGAGACUUCCCAGAUAAAGUUUCCCAAAGUCUUCAGAGGAAGUCCUCAGAGUCAGAGAUUCUGAGUCUGUACCAGCUGGUUGGAGGACUAAGACACAGCAGAGAUGGAAUGGAAACUGUGAAUGAUAUCAAGCCUAAGCCGAAUGUGGCAUCAUCAGAGGGAGGUCAGAUGGAAACGAGAGACUCAGAUUCAUUACUAGAUACCUUUCAGGAGGAUCGAGUUACCAAGGCUAAUAAUAUCAUACCAGUUUUGGAGAAAUGGAUAGCGAUCCCACAGAGGCCUGCCCCAACUGCUGCAGUGCCUACCCCAGAGAACAGUGUCCCAGUUGUUGCAGUGCCUGCCCCAGAGGGACCUGCUGCCUCAGCUGCUGCAGUGUCUGCCCCAGAAGAGGCUACUGCAGGUGCUGCUAUAGUGCCCACCCCAGAGGAGGCUGCUGCAGCUGCUAUGGUGCCUGCUCCAGAGGAAGAUGUUCCAGCUGCUGCAGUGGCCACCAUAGAGGAGGAUGUCCCAACUGCUGCAGUGGUCACCAUAGCGGAGGAUGUCCCAGCUGCUGCAGUGGCCACCAUAGAGGAGGAUGUCCCAGCUGCAAUGGCCACCAUAGAGGAGGAUGUCCCAGCUGCUGCAGUGGUCACCAUAGAGGAGGAGGAGGGUGUCCCACCUGCUGCAGUGGUCACCAUAGCAGAGGAUGACCCAGCUGCUGCAGUGGCCACCAUAGAGGAGGAUGACCCAGCUGCUGCAGUGGCCACCAUAGAGGAGGGUGUUCCAGCUGCUGCAGUGGCCACCAUAGAGGAGGGUGUUCCAGCUGCUGCAGUGGCCACCAUAGAGGAGGGUAUUCCAGCUGCUGCAGUGGUCACCAUAGCAGAGGAUGACCCAGCUGCUGCAGUAGCCACCAUAGAGGAGGAUGACCCAGCUGCUGCAGUGGCCACCAUAGAGGAGGAUGACCCAGCUGCUGCAGUGGCCACCAUAGGGGAGGGUGUUCCAGCUGCUGCAGUGUCUGUCACAGAAGAAGAUGUCCCAGCUGUUGCAGAGCCCUCCCCAGAUGGUACUGCUGCAACUGCUACGGUGUCCACCAUAGAGGAGGAUGACACCCCAGAGAGGCUUUUCACCCCAGCUGCUGCAGUGCCUACUCCCGAGAGGCCUGCCACCCCAGCUGUUGGAAUGCCUGCCCCAGAGGAGGAUGACACCCCAGCUACUGCCUUACCUGCCCCAGAGAACACCCCAGAAGGGCCUGCUGCCCCAGACGUUGGAGUGCCCACUCCAGAGGGGCAUGCUGCCCCAGAUGUUGGAGUGCUCACUCCAGAGGGGCCUGCUGCACCAGCUGCUGUAGUGCAUGCCCCAGAGGAAGAGGACGCCCCAGAUGAGCCUGACACCCCAGACGAGGAUGACACUCCAGAGGAGCCUGACACCCUAGCUACUGCAGUGCCUGCCCCAGAGGAGUAUGAUACCCCAGAGGGGCCUGCUGCCCCAGAUGUUCCAUUGCCCACUACAGAGGAGCCUGCUGCCCCAGCUGCUGCAGUGCCUGCUGUGGAGGAAGUUGUCCCUUCUGGAGUCCCCUCCAUGGGAGAUACUGCCCACACUGAUUCAGUGCCUGUCUCAGAAGAAAGAAUUCCUGCUAAGGUGGAGCCUUCCCCUGCUGGAAUGUGGAUCAAGGAGGAUCUUGAUUCCCCAGCAUUUGGGGUAAAAGAGAUGACUGGCACAGUGCUACAUGGGCAAGUGCCUCUGACUUCUACUGAUGGAUUAAGUUCAAAUGAGGUAAUUGUUGCUCAUUUUGUUGUGGGGAGGGGUAUGGGGAUUAAAGUGAGAUUUGCAAGUUCUCUGACUUGGUAGUGAUUAGAAAUGGCACAGAUAGUCCUUUCAUUUGUUCUUUUUGGGUCCUCUGGGCUGACAUUUUCUAGUCUUUGAGUUUAUGGGGAGCUGGUGGAAAUUAAAAUAUAUCUUACUUUGGUCAGGUGAAAAACUUUGUAAUUUGAACCUGGUUUUUUAUUCAGAUAAGCCAAGCCUAAGGAGAACUAGAAUGUAAACUGUUAUUGAUUUACAUUUUGAAAAAGAUUAUUAGCAGGAAAGGGUAAUUCUGCUUUCAAAAUACACAGCAAACCUGUUCUUUCCUAAAUUAUUGAUCCAUGAUGUCUACAGUCAGAUAUAGGCCAGGUUGUGGGCUUUGGAGUUAGACCUAGGGUACUUAUUAACCGCUCUGGGAAAACUGUUUACAUAUUCUAAGUUUCCUUUUUCUUUUUUGUUAAGGCAGAACCCUGUGAGGAUUGUGAGGAUAAAAUGAGAUAGCACAUUUAAAGCACCAAACAUAUUAAGAUUUCAAUCACUGACAGUUUUCUUCCCCUUUCCCCUCAAAUGGAUAUGUUGUUUAGUUGAAACAGUUUACCAAAAUAUGUUGAGUGAAAGCAAUAUACAGAUACCUGAAUAACAACAAUUUAAUUCAAAUGUGUAUUUUUUAAAGCCACUAAAAAAUAAAGAAGUAUUUUAAGUCAAACUGCCACUGUCCUUAAGCAAGUCACUUUUCUUUCCUGGGCCUCUUGCUUCCUAAUCUGUAACAUAAAGGAAUUGGGCUAAAUGUCCUCCUGGGUCUCUUUUAGUUCCAAAAUUCUAAGCUUCUUAAUGUUAGAGAACAGAAUGUGUUAGGAAACAGAUGGGAACAGUGUUCUACCUCCCAGAGGAAUUUGAGAUUUGCAGCUUUCUGCAGUUAACUGCCCAGGUGUUGUUUGGUCAGUAGUAAGGCAUGAAGGAGUUAGAGCUAACAGUCCGGGUAACUGAGUGAGGGGGUUGUUUUGAAUUUACACCAUCCUCAGGACCCAGAACAGUGCGUUCUUCAGAGCAGGCUUUGACUAUUAAUUGACUGAAUAAGUGAAUAUCAAUCUCCUGAAUAUCCAAGGAAGCUACAAGAAAGACAGGUGCUCUCAUCCACCCCAUUGCAGGGCCUUUCAGGGCAGCCUUAGUCUGUUAGAGCACCAGU